AUGAGCAGUCCCUUCGAUAUCAAUGGCGGCGCUUGUGUUGCAAUGGUGGGCAAAGACUGCGUGGCCAUUGCCUGUGAUUUGCGACUAGGUCUACAAGCCUUGACCGUUUCCAACAACUUCCCCAAGAUCUUCAACUAUGCUCCCUCUGUCUUUCUGGGUCUCACCGGCCUAGCCACAGAUGUACAGACCGUCUCAGAUACUUUCCGCUACAAAGUCAACAUGUAUCGAUUGAGAGAAGAGCGCAACAUUGCCCCCCAAACUCUGGCAAAUCUCGUUUCCUCCAGCCUCUAUGAACGAAGAUUCGGUCCUUGGUUCGUCAGUCCAGUCCUUGCUGGAAUCAAUCACACAACGGGGAAGCCUUUCAUUUGUGGAUUCGACAGCAUUGGAUGCAUCGACUUUGCCAAGGACUUUAUUGUGGCUGGAACCGCCAGCGAUCAGCUAUUUGGUACUUGUGAGGGUCUCUGGGAGCCCGAUCUGGAGCCCGAAGACCUGUUUGAAACAAUAUCACAGGCACUGCUCAACGCUGUUGAUCGAGAUGCCUUAUCCGGCUGGGGUGCGCAUGUCUACAUCAUCGAAAAGGACAAGGUGACAAAAAGAUUACUCAAGGGAAGACAAGAUUAA